AUGAGAGCCACAGCCGCCGCCGCGAAAGAUUUAUUUUUAAAUCUCCCGCCGCCUCCGUCUCGCUGUGGCCAUCAAACCAUCCCAAAGCCACGCGACUUUGGCGGGUCGACACGACAAACGUACACGGCCUCUCGGCAGUGUCGCACCAGCAGCAGCUACAGCAACAACAAAAACGACGACGGCGGUAACACCAACUCACCGUUCUCGUCCAAAGACCAUCGAAAUAUCAAAGAUAAUCUCGAUCUCGAUUUUCCCGCUCACUGUUACGACGACUCUUGCGCGUCGACGCCACACGAAAUUACAACCGAAUCGUAUCCAUUUCGUCGGUACCUAUUCAACUAUUUUCGAUAA